AUGUUUCAUGGGAAUGCUUUUGGUAGCGUUAUAGAGGAGGAAAAAUCAAACCGCCAUUGUAAGCUGCAUUUACAGACAUGGAUUUAUAUUCACUGUGCAUGGAGCUUGGUAAUUUGUAUGCUCGGUAUCGCUAUCGGUAUUCUAUUGCUGGUUUACCCUUCUUGGCAUGAAUUUCUCUUAUUGUAUAAGCAAACACUAACUUAUUUGAGACGAAACGAUCCGAUUGUUUAUUGGAUUUGCUAUCGGAUAUUCUUGUCAUGCUGGAUUGCAAUGCACUUCGCUCAUCUAGCUACUGUUCUUGGGACAAUUUUUGGCGCUCAGAUGACAAAAUCGCGUCUUGUUGUGCCACAAAUGAUCACACUGCUCCUUCAAAUUGGUAUUUAUAUACUUGGAUCAUUUGCACUAAUCAUUAUUAGUGUCACUGGUGCAAAGAUAACGUGGAUCGCACUCCUAAUUGUGUUCUUUUUCGCCUUUUUUGCAAGACGAGAUGACACGUGGGCCUGUUGCUGCGCGGCUGACUCAAAAAAUCGACCAGUUUUCGAUCCUUACAGUCAAAACGACCUGAAGCAGCACAAACCUAGGCCUAUUGGUUGCCUACCAUCGAGUCUUGGAGGAGAAGAAUAUCGCUUUGAGAGCUCUACUGGCCAACACAAAAAGUGUCCACUUCAAGGAAAGAGGAACAUUAAAAUUAUAACUUCACAUUACUUAGUUCAUUCUCCUAAUUUUAGACUUAAACUGUCUUCGACAUUACAAUGUGAUAACGAAUAUUCUGCUUCUGAGUUAAUAAUGAGCUAUCCAGCUAAGAUUCUGCUAAUAAAGCUAGUUAAACAACAUGAAGCUCUUUGGAACAAAAGGUCACCCGACUACUCUCGAGCAGAUAUGAAGAGCCAUGCAUGGGAUGACAUUUCCGCACGAAUGGCAGAGAACGGAUUUGAAUCAAAAAUUGGAAGGCUAAAGGUUAUGUGGAAGAAUUUGAGAGAUCAGUGGAAAAGAAACCUGUCACUAAAGAUGCCACCAGAAAGGGAAUGGUAUUUUCAAAGACGGAUCAACUUCUUGGCAGAAACGUAUGAGGGCGGCGAACUUGUGCACGGUCCUCAUGACCCAGAAUCGUCACCUGACAUAAAUGAAGGUCCAGAUGACUCCUUGUACAGCGUGAAAGGCGACGAGUACGAUGAUCGGAACGGCUUUGUUAUUGAAGGAAGCUCUCUAAUGGGCGGUCACUCGCCUACUCCCAUACGCGAACCGAAAGCGGAAGUAUGUGAUGAUGGAAGAUCUGGUGGCCCAACGUUAGUGACGGUUCUGGAAGAACACGCUGCAUGGCAAGGAAGAAUCCCUAGUCAUUCACCGAGCCCUGCAACUGCUCCAUCUCCGGCUGCUACUUCGACAGCGGCACCUCCUUCGAAGCGAGCGAGGACUGAAACCAGGAGCGAAGCCGCCGUCCCGUCUAAACCACGACAAAACAACAAUGCAAGCGCCGAUAAACCACCGGCAAAGACGGCAAAGGAGAAUAACAGGGAUUUGGCACGAUUAACCAAUGGAAAACAGCAUCCAACUGACAAAUUUGACAAAUACGCAGCAUUUGUCGCAACGACCCUCAGGGAAAUGCCAGAAAUCGAGGCGAAGAAACGUAUGAAAGAGAUGACAAUGUUGCUUCUCGAAGACCUCGAAUGA